AGAAAUAACUCUCAGUAGCUUUAUUAGCAAGGGAGCCAAUUUCAAAUAAAAGAUGGCGGUGGCCAUUUCACGUCCGUUUAUUUACGUAUGGUUAUCAGCUAUUAUUUUCGUGUUAGAUCGAGUACUUCUUGCUGUUUCUUAUGAUUCCGUCAAUUCAAUGAAGCCAGACUGUGGAUAUGAUAUUCAGAAAAUAUGGAUGCGGGAAGUUGCAAAUACUCCUUUUGCUGCGCCUCCUUUAAUAGCUGAUGUAAAUGGCGACGGCAAAUUAAAUAUAGUGGCAGCACCAUUCUCAGAAAGUAUUACUGUUUUAGACGCUCAGACUGGGCAACAUAUGCCAGACUCUCUUUGGCCAGUUCAGAAUCUUCACAGCUCAAUUUAUGCUAGUCCUUUACAAUACGAUGCAGAUGGCGAUGGUAUGUUAGAUUUGUUAUUCUGUACAAGUUCAGGAGAGUUAUUUUUCUACACGUCCAAUGGCACGCGAAUGAAAAAGUACCACCAACUUCCAUCCUCGUACGUUCUAAAGACCUGGUAUCAAAAAGUAGUUAUUGCUUCAACCGAUAACAUUGCUAAUUAUGUGAAAGCCGAAGUGUCAUCAGGAGUUAAAUCUGCUUAUGUCCCUGUAUCGCCACACGUCCUAGCGACACCAAUUAUAGCUGAUUUAAACAGGGACGGUCGAAGAGAAGAAAUUGUAAUACCUGUAAGUUAUUUCUAUGAUGAAGAUGAAUACAGAGCAUCCGAGCAUUUCAACAUCGAAAAGAAAAAUAUUUCCAUCACAGAGCUGGAAAAAUAUCUUGUUGGUGGUAUUGUUUAUCUCAAUCUAACCAGUAUGCAAAUUAUGAAUACAAUAUUCCUUGAGUUGUCACAGUUGACAGCUAAUUUCCCAGCCUACAUUCUCUUUUCUCCUACUGUGAUUGAUUUAGAUAGCAAUGACAGUCAUUUGGAGACUGUUACUGGCACAUCGUCUGGAAAACUUUAUGUAAUUGAAGCCAAUGGUAUAAUUAGAACCGGUUUCCCUAUACCAUUUGAUACCCUUCAUGGACAGCUAACAAUUGGAGAUGUUAAUAGUGAUGGUAUGCUGGAAAUUAUUGCUAUCGACACUGGAGGUAACAUUGCUUGUUUGGAUAGAUUGGGUAAAACAUUAUGGGAAUCUGAAAUUUCAGGAAAUUCUUCUCCAGGAACUCGUCUUGCAGAUAUCAAUGGUGAUGAUCAUGUGGAAAUCUUGGUAACAACUGAUGUCGGUGAUAUUUAUGUGUUACAUGGCAAUAAUGGUAGUGUUUUCAGUGGGUACCCUUUACAUCUGAACAGCCCAAUUCAUGCAAAUAUCCUUCUCAGUCUAAUUCAUGAUGAUACAAAAGCCUUGUUUUUUACACUCACCGAAGAUGGAAAUAUGUACAUUUUAGGCCCAGAUACAGAAUGUAGUUCACAUUUCAAUAUUGGAGAAACAUCCCUUGUUCAAACAUUAUCACAUGAUCUUGUUCCUCAGACAAACAAUAUGGAACUAUUAGCUGCUACCAGAGAUGGUACUCUUAUAUGUUUAAGUCUUUCUCAAAACUUUAUGGAUGAUAAUGAAGAUUAUGCAAUGGAUAUUGCUAAACUGACUGUUCUACCCUCAGAAACUAAAACUCCAAACGAUUUCACAUACCUUUUGCACAAGCCUUCAAUCGAAGUUAAUAGUCAUACCAAGGAAAUGAAAGACGUUAUGGGUAGUUCUUUUAAUUUAGAAUUCCAGAUUGUUGAUCCAAUAAUUUAUGACAAAACUAAGAAGUACACAGUUCAUGUUUACUAUGGCAAUAACUUGUUAGCUACAUCAGUAUAUAACAUAACUGGUUAUCAUUCCUUGACUGUGCCUGUUUGGCUAGAGCCAAGUCAAGGACACAUAGUUGUUUCAAUGACUAAUCAUCAUGGACAGAUAUUUGAAGAUUGUUUCCCAGUCAGAUUUAAUAAACUUAUCUUACAUGAUCUUCAAUGGCUCCUCAUAAGCCCUUUUGUUGCCAUGGCAACAGUAUUGUUGGUUAUUCAUGGUUUCCCUGUUAAAGACCUUCUCCCCUUGACAAACAAAGACAAAAAUCGCUGAUAAUGGUGAUUACAUUUUAUUCCAAAAUUUUUGUUACAUUCCUAAAAAAUUCAAAAUUUCUCCAACUUUAUUUUGAAAAUACCAGACAUUAGAUUGAAAUGUUUUUAAAAUUAAUUUAUUGCUAAUUUAUACUAAACAAGUUUUCGAUGAUUUAUUCUAGAAUAAUUCAUAAUGUUUCUCUUUUUUGUGCUCACUGUAAACUCAAGGAUCUAUUUAUUCAGCAUUAACAUGUAGACAUUAUUGAUUAUGAAAAAGUUCACGGUUAAAUGACCCACCACUUCUGUUUUCUAAAAUAUCAUUCAGAUCCCUAUUAUUAUUUGAAUGGAAGACUGCACAUUUCUUUUUGUAUCAUACAUAAAAUAAACAAGAUCUUCAGGCAAUUUCUUUCCAAAAUUUGUGUCCUGAUAUUGUUUGCUCAAAAGCUAAUUUAAUAUACAAUUGAG